GUUUAUCAUGUGCAAUUCCCGUCCGGUGAUCGACGACUGCGAUUGCUCAAGCGUGGAAUAAUUGGACGUGCCGUGCAGAUAACACUGGAUGGUGCAAUUGUACAGCUAAUCGAAAGUGCCGAAUCCGGCAUUAGGCCAUUCCAGGGUACCGUUAACGGACGGCAGAGUGCUGAUGUUAGCGAUGAUCCCGAAGGCUACAUACGAAAGCUUGCACGAUGGCUUAUUGGGCUAGACUGGCCUAACCUGUUGCAACAAUAA